GGUUCCCUCAAUUCGCGGAGGGCAGGAAAAGCGACCUAGCGAACUCACUCCUGAGCCCUACGACGCGAGCAGGAUUUCCCCGAACACGCCCCUCCAGUCUGCCAGGUUCUGGGUGACUGACGCCCCUCCCGGGUAAGGUCGAGACCGCUGCAGACACGCCCCACUGUGGGCAGAGCGAGAUCUGAGGACUCCUGGGAUGCGUCACUUCCGCCCUCAUCCUCAGGCCCUUGUGGAAGGGGCGGGGGCGCGGCGAAGGCGCUCUGCUUGUGCGACAUUUCCGGUGAGCCCAGCGGCGACAACGGCAACAUGGCCCUGAACGGCGCUGGUGAGGACUUGGGCUACGGGGGCCUGUGGCUGCGGGGCGCGGGAGCCUGCUCGCUCCGGCAAGAUCCCGGUCCCUUGUGCCUGUCUUCCCCAGAMGUCGACGAUUUCUCCUGGGAGCCCCCGACUGAGGCGGAGACGAAGGUGCUGCAGGCGCGACGGGAGCGACAGGAUCGCAUCUCCCGGCUCAUGGGCGACUACCUGCUGCGCGGUUACCGUAUGCUGGGCGAGACGUGCGCGGACUGUGGGACGAUCCUUCUCCAAGACAAACAGCGGAAAAUCUACUGCGUAGCUUGUCAGGAGCUCGACUCAGACGUGGAUAAAGAUAAUCCGGCUCUGAAUGCCCAGGCUGCCCUCUCCCAAGCUCGGGAACACCAGCUAUCCUCUGCCACAGAGCUGCCUUCUGGCCCUAGGCCCACACCUCAGCCCCCAGUACCACGACCGGAGCAUUGUGAGGGAGCUGCAGCAGGGCUCAAGGCAGCCCAGGGGCCACCUACUCCUGCUACGGCUCCAAGUGCAGAUGUGGUGACUUGCACACAGGCAGCCCUCCUGCAGAAGCUCACCUGGGCCUCAACUGAGCUGGGCUCUAGCACUUCCCUGGAGACUAGCAUUCAGCUGUGUGGCCUUAUCCGGGCAUGUGCUGAGGCCCUGCGCAGUCUGAAGCAGCUGCAGCACUAAGACCCAGCCCAGCCCACCCCACCCCCGAAAAACCCUCUGGAAAAGUCGCUGUUCCUGUGUGGUUUUUUUUUUUUUCCCCCUUGGUUCUAAAUGUGCAUGCCAGCCCCAGCUCCACUCCCCUUUUUCCUACUUUUGGCCUCUCACCUCCCUACCCUAUACUUUUACUGAAGCCCUGAAAGUUGAGUUGAGUUUAUAUCUGCAGUCAGGAUGAGUGGUAAGUACAGGGCUGUGUGAUAUCCCCUUUCUGAGGAGGACAUAGCCUUCUCAAARUCAGGAGCAAGAGGGUGGACCACCAGCCUUGUCUGUAGCUGCACCCUCCUCCUCUAGCCAGCUAAGCCACUCAUUGGUGACUGUGAGAUUUGGGAUUCUGUUCCCAGGGUAACUUCUCCUCUCUCUCUUAAGCAUCCUGGUUCUAUCAUGCUGCCUCACCUCAUGCCCACUCCAGUACUCAGACACUGACAGAGAUUGUAGGAACCCCAACUUUGCACGCUAAGAGCCACGCAUGGUUUUGCCCCAAUAUUCUGAUCCCUAUUUUUAGUACCUUUUCCUAGGGAGGGUAAUUGUGAAGGACACUUUGUGGAGAGGGGCAGUAAAAAAGAACCGCCAACGACACCGGCCUGUCCCUUUCGGACUCUUUUUUUCCCCUUCUGUCGGCGCUCCUGUUGCUUUUACCAGGCUUUGCGCGACGCGGUCCCCCAGCCUGUUGCCUGUUUAAGAGAGGCUCCG